CCACCCGCCGCGGGGGGCUGGAAAGGGAGAGAGCCGCGGCUGCUCCCAAGUGCGGCUGCGGGGCUUGCUGUCGAGAUCCCCUCUCCCCCCUCCCCUCUGGUCUCCCGUUGGUUUCACCCAGCGCGGCCCGUAGCGACGGCGGCGGGGCUGAGGGAAGAUGGCGGCUCCGUGACCGCGCCGCCGCCGGCUCCUGUUCCUCUUCCCGCUCGCCGCUGCGCCCCGUGCCUGCCGCCCGCCCUCCCCGCCGGGGCCGGGGGCCAUGUCGGACUCGGACUCGGAGGAGGGCCCAGACCGCCAGCUCAAACUCGUGGUGCUGGGGGACGGCACCUGCGGCAAGGUAAUUGUAUAGUUGAAUAGAUGCUUGCCUUUUCAUGCUAGAGCUUUAAUGCCGGAGCUCUUGUGGUCAUGUUUUCAUUCAGAAAAAGAACAUCCUUAGCCACACGUUUUGCCCAAGAAACUUUUGGAAAACAGUACAAACAAACCAUAGGACUGGACUUCUUCUUGAAAAGGAUAAUAUUGCCAGGAAAUUUGAAUGUUACUCUUCAAGUGUGGGAUGUCGGGGGGCAAACAAUAGGAGGCAAGAUGCUGGAUAAAUAUAUUUAUGGAGCUCAGGGUAUUCUUUUGGUUUAUGAUAUUACCAACUGCCAGAGCUUUGAAAAUUUAGAGGACUGGUAUAAUGUGGUAAAAAAAGUGACUGAAGAAUCAGAAACACAGCCACUUGUGGCCUUGGUUGGAAAUAAAAUUGAUUUGGAGCAUAUGCGCACAGUGAAAGUUGACAAGCACCAACGAUUUUGUCAGGAAAACAAUUUCAGUAGCCAUUUCGUGUCAGCCAAGACAGGAGAUUCUGUCUUCCUGUGUUUUCAGAGAAUUGCUGCUGACAUCCUUGGCAUCAAAUUAAAUAAAGCAGAAAUGGAACAAUCACAGUAUAAAAACUGCAUGGGGUACAGCUUUGUUCCUUGGCAUUGGCAAGAGCAUGUUGUCAGGGCAGAACUAGUGAAAUACCCUGAAGAAGAUAACCAACAUCACAACACUUCCAACUGCCAGAGCAAAGUCUGCUCAAUGCAGUAGUUCAGAGGGUGGUGAAGGCAGAUAUUGUCAACUACAGUCAGGAGCCUGUGACAAGAACCGUUAAUCCUCCUAGAAGCUCAAUGUGUGCAGUUCAGUGACCAUAUUAUUUUCCUUUGGUUUGAUACCUUUGACUGUUCUCCUACCUUGACACAGGCUCUGGGAUUGCCAGGAACUUUUAACAGUGACCAUCGCUACAAUGCAAUUCAAAAAUGUGUUGUACCAUUGUACAUUGAGAAGCAGCAGGCAUUUUUUUUUGACCAGCUGAAACGAAAUGUUAAACCACACACUUUGAAAAAUUAAGAUCUAUAUUCUUUUAAAUUAUAUUUCAAUAAAACAUUGUAACUGCGUUUAUAAGUUUUCUCCCACCUAUUUGACUGAUACUGGAAUACAAAUGGAUGAAGAAGUCUGGCAUUUGAAAUAGUUUUAAAAGCAUCACGACGGAAGGGUAUUUUGCCAAAGUGUUUUUUUCUUUUUCUUUUUUUGCUUCUGUGAUCUAAACUAACGUUGAGCAAACUGUUACUUGGAAAAGCUAUUGCUGGAAUAAUUUUAGACACUAAUAUAUUUUAUCAGGAUAAUUUGGAAAGUACUCCAUAAAUAUAUCUACAUAGAGUGAAAUGUAUCCAGGAAGAAGCAGUGCUUGAAAUAAAGCUGUAAUAUAAAAAUAGCUACUUUUCUGAAGUCUCAAGUUGUCUUCAUGGAUGCUCUGGAAAAUGCUAAUGUUUUGUGUAUUUUUAUUACCACAUCAGCAUUACUUCUUGCAGCAGCAGAUAGGCUCAUAUGUCUUCAUGAAUAUGGAUGAACCUCAGUCGGCAGUUUGGGCUGUAAAUGUUGAGUGAUAUAUUCAGCAUGCAUUAGAAACUGUUGAUAGAUCAAUUAGGAUCAGUCAUUUUUAAUAACUAACUGAAUUACUUACUUUUGGACUGGUACUCUUUUCUUUCUAGUUCAGAGUAAAAACAAAUAAAAGCUGUCUCCUUUGUGAUCAUCA